AAACUGAAAGAACCGGUUUUUCAGUGAAAGAUACGAUUUUUUUCGAUACCCUUUUGAUUAGAGGGAAAAAUAGUACCGUGAUUCUAGAAUAAAUUGCAUGCUCAUUUGAGUUUGAGUUUAAAGUUUGAAUCUUUUUCAUCAUCCACUACCGUAGUAGUAGUGUUGUUUUUUGGAGUGGAAGAUUUUGCUAUGGAGAGGUACGAGGUUGUUAAGGAUUUGGGAGCUGGGAAUUUUGGUGUGGCUAGGCUUUUGAGGAACAAGGAGACUAAGGAGCUUGUUGCCAUGAAGUACAUCGAGCGUGGUCACAAGAUUGAUGAGAAUGUGGCAAGAGAGAUUAUCAACCACAGGUCUCUUCGGCAUCCGAAUAUAAUUCGCUUUAAGGAGGUGGUUUUGACUCCUACUCAUUUAGCAAUAGUGAUGGAGUAUGCAGCUGGAGGUGAACUCUUUGAGCGGAUAUGUAGUGCUGGACGGUUUAGCGAAGACGAGGCCAGGUAUUUCUUUCAGCAGCUGAUAUCUGGUGUCCAUUACUGUCAUGCUAUGCAAAUAUGUCAUAGAGAUUUGAAGCUGGAAAAUACACUUUUAGAUGGAAGCCCUGCACCUCGCUUGAAAAUUUGUGACUUCGGCUAUUCCAAGUCAUCUUUGCUUCAUUCCCGACCCAAAUCAACUGUUGGAACUCCUGCUUAUAUAGCACCAGAGGUUCUUUCUAGGAGGGAGUAUGAUGGCAAGUUGGCUGAUGUGUGGUCGUGCGGCGUAACCCUUUAUGUCAUGCUGGUUGGAGCAUAUCCCUUUGAGGAUCAAGAUGACCCGAGAAAUUUUAGGAAAACAAUUCAGCGCAUAAUGGCUGUUCAAUACAAAAUCCCUGAUUAUGUUCACAUAUCUCAAGAUUGCAAACACCUUUUAUCUCGUAUAUUUGUUGCAAAUCCAUUAAAGAGAAUUUCUCUCCGGGAAAUCAAGAACCAUCCAUGGUUUUUAAAGAAUCUUCCAAGGGAGCUAACUGAAUCAGCUCAAGCUGCGUACUACCAGAGAGGCAAUCCAAGCUUUUCUAUUCAAAGUGUGGACGAGAUAAUGAAAAUUGUGGGAGAGGCGAGAGAACCUCCUCCGGUAUCUAGGCCGGUCAAAGGCUUUGGCUGGGAAGGCGAGGAGGAGGAAGAAGAAGUGGAAGAAGAAGAAGUGGAGGAAGAGGAAGAUGAAGAAGAUGAGUAUGACAAAAGGGUGAAAGAGGUUCAUGCAAGUGGAGAGUUUCAAAUCAGUUCAGAAGUGUAAUUGAUGUUAUAAAGUAUUAGUAUUAUUUUGUGGUACAAGUCAGUUAUUUAUGUGUACUAUAAUGUAUAAUUGGUUUUGAACCUGUGUGAGGAAAUUUGACUUGUCACAUUGUUCAUGUAUAAUAAUAUUUUUCAGUUA